GAUCUCAAUCCCUUUCCAUCUCUCCGCGUUAGCCUUGAUUCAAAGCUCACUACUUUGGACUCAGAAGUGAUUCAUAUGCUCUGUAGCUGAAGAUGCAUCCUGACCAACGCAAAAAGUCAUCGGUCGAAUCAGACUUCUUCACUGAAUACGGAGAAGGCACCAGAUACAGAAUCGAGGAAGUGAUCGGCAAAGGCAGCUACGGCCUCGUCUGCUCGGCUUACGACACCCACACGGGAGAGAAAGUCGCCAUCAAGAAGAUCAACGACAUCUUCGAGCACGUCUCCGACGCCACGCGCAUCCUCCGCGAGAUCAAACUCCUCAGGUUCCUGCAGCAUCCGGACAUCGUCGAGAUCAAACACAUCUUGCUCCCACCUUCGAGGAGAGAGUUCAAAGACAUUUACGUUGUUUUCGAGCUCAUGGAGUCUGAUCUUCACCAGGUUAUCAAGGCGAAUGAUGACUUGACUCCUGAGCAUUACCAGUUUUUUCUUUAUCAGCUUCUCCGUGGACUCAAGUAUAUACACACAGCUAAUGUCUUUCAUAGGGACCUGAAACCGAAAAACAUAUUGGCUAAUGCUGAUUGUAAACUCAAGAUCUGUGAUUUUGGGCUUGCGAGAGUGGCAUUCAAUGAUACACCAACUGCUAUAUUCUGGACUGACUAUGUAGCUACUAGAUGGUACCGUGCUCCGGAACUGUGUGGAUCAUUUUUCUCUAAGUAUACACCGGCGAUAGAUAUAUGGAGCAUAGGGUGUAUCUUUGCAGAGCUCUUAACAGGGAAGCCUCUUUUCCCCGGGAAAAAUGUGGUUCAUCAAUUGGAUCUGAUGACUGAUAUGUUGGGAACUCCAUCUGCGGAAGCUAUUGGAAGGGUGAGGAACGAGAAAGCUCGGAGAUACUUAAGCAGCAUGAGGAAGAAGAAGCCUAUUUCUUUUUCACAUAAGUUCCCACAUGCUGAUCCUCUCGCUCUUCGUCUUCUAGAGAAGAUGUUGUCUUUUGAACCCAAGGACAGGCCUACAUCUGAAGAGGCACUUGCGGAUCCAUACUUCAAGAAUUUAGCUAAGGUUGAAAGAGAGCCCUCUUGUCAACCCGUCACAAAGUUGGAAUUCGAGUUUGAGAGGCGGAGGAUCACAAAAGAGGACGUGCGAGAGCUCAUUUAUAGAGAGUCUCUUGAGUAUCACCCAAAGAUGCUGAAAGAAUACCUGGAUGGAUCAGAGCCAACGAACUUUAUGUAUCCUAGUGCGGUGGAGCAUUUCAAGAAACAGUUUGCAUACCUUGAGGAACACUACAAGAAUGGUACUUCUCACAACCCUCCAGAGAGACAGCAGCACGCAUCGUUACCUAGGGCUUGCGUUUUGUACUCUGAUAACAAUCAUGCAGCGGCUGCACAACAGAGUUCAGUGGAAGUCACUGAUGGACUCUCCAAGUGUAGCAUCAGAGAUACAGAGCGACCGCGUGGUUCAGACAGGAGAGUUCCUGUUAACGUCCCUCAAACAAUCCAAGGUGCUGCAGUAGCUAGGCCUGGAAAAGUAGUUGGAUCAGUGUUACGCUAUAACAACUGCGGAGCAGCUACAGGAGUCGAAGCUCUUGAACAACAACAGCGUAGGAUGGUCAGAAAUCCAGCUGGUGCGGCUCAGUAUCCGAAGAGAACUCCUCAACCUUGCAAAAGCAACAGAGGAGAUGAAGACUCCGAAGGUUCAAGCAGGUUAAAACAAAACCCUCAGUAUAUACCGCAGAAAGUGGGUGGACGGCAAGAUACUGCAACGAGUCGCUGGUACUAAGAUGAUGUUUUGGGGCUAGCAGAAGCUUUACUACAUAACGUCUUAGGGAGAGA